AUGGUGAUGUCGGCUCGAAAAGUGGUCAUGUACAAUGCGUGGGCAAAUAAAGCAGAUGAAGCGGGGACAAUUACUUGUGGUCAUGGUACCCACGUCGCAGGCCUUUUGGCUGGUAGUUCAUUUAGCGGUAAAAAUGCUGAUUUGGGGAUCGCGAACAAGGCACGUAUAGCAUUUAUGGACAUUGGGAUGCAGAGUGAGACGUGUGCGGGUGAGUUAAACUGCGCUGUAUCGUUGGCCACACCUGCCGAUGCCAGUGAUCUGCUGGUAAGUCAAAUUGAUGCAGGCGCUAAGAUUUUCUCGUUUUCAUGGAGUACGGCUGGAUCGGAUUAUAGUUUGCAAGCCAGAGACUUGGACGCCUUUAUUUACAAAAAUUUGGAUGUUCUUGUGGUUGCGGCGGCAGGCAAUAGUGGCGAGUCUUCCAUCACUGGUCAGCGCACCAUAUCGUCACCAUCUGGCGCUAAAAAUGUAAUAUCAGUCGGGGCAUCACUCAACUCAGCGGCAUCUUUCAUGGACUACGCAUGCCCCGAUAUUAUGAACGAGCACACGGUAGCAUCAUUUUCAUCUGCCGGGCCUACAACAGACGGGAGAAGGAAACCUGAUGUCGUAGCACCUGGGAUGAGUCUUAUAUCAAGUCAAUCGGGGGCCCCAGGAACAAUGAGAGAAAGCUCGGCAACGUGUUCACUCCAGGGCACGUCACAGGCGACACCAGUGGUAACUGGUGUUGCUGUGCUUCUGUAUGAGUGGCUUUGCGAUGGGUGGUGGAAGGACGGACGCAAAAAUGCUGCAUAUGCUCUGAGUACGAUUCCUGCUUCUUUGCUUAAGGCGUUACUUAUUCACAGUGGAGAAUCUUUGCAUAAGCGGAUGGGUGCGUUACCCACAAGCGGUUUUGUGUCAUGUACAAGCUUGAGCGUCAACAAUAGUGGCAAUGGCAGCCGCAAUGGACCACCGUCAUUGUAUUUCUUGCCAAACUCGACAGAAAAUAGCGAGCCAGCAGUCGCACACGGAGGUGAAAUAGUGAUUUCGUUUACGGUAGCUCGCGGUGUGGAUUUGCGAGCGACUCUCGUGUGGACUGAUCCGCCAGGGUCAGUUCAGGCGACGUCGCAAUUGCAGCACGAUCUGGACUUGGUUGUUCGCGUGCGCAAUGGCACUGAAAUGUUUGGUCCACUGACAGCUGACCCAAACACUGGAAGGGAUUCGCUGAAUAACGUUGAGAUGGUGCAGGUUUCUUACGCCGAUCUUCUCGCUGCUGCCACUGACAGCAACACAAGUAGCAGUGGCAGUGAAAAUGGAACAAAUAGCUUAGCACUUGGAAACAAUGGAGAGAUAGUGGUUGAAGCUGUUGUUUACGGCCGAAGUGUGCUGCUGGCGGACUAUCAGAAGUUUGCGUUCGUAGCGUCUUCCAGCGUCAUUGGAUCCACGUCGGGAAUAGCGGCUACAAAUGAUAGCAAGUCUUUCUGGUCUACUUGGGCGCUCGCUAUUAUCGUGGGCUGUGUGAUUGUGCUGCUAAUAGUUAUUGCUUGGGCCACGCGCUGGUUAUGUGGUCGGAACAAACGAGGAGCCAGCUCAAGGUAUUUUCAAGAGCUAUAUCCCGCCCAGGUCAGAAAUCCAGGCUCCGCGUUUUGCCCAUCUGCCCAGGCAGCGACUGAUAUUACAGGAGGAAGCCGAUGCCCAUACUGUCCGUAUACAACUUGCGAUGCUGUAGCGUUGGUUGCUCAUGUGCAAAGUGAUCACGUUGUUAAUGCGCCUGACCCGAUUGCAGUGUUAGGUGGACGAAGGAUGUUUGGCUUGGAACCGGCAAUGGCAGUGGUGACAUUGACAUCCCUGCAUGCUGCAGAUAUACCGAUACGUAUUCUUCAGAGUUCUGCCCUUAUCAUAAGAAUUGCCUUGAACAUUAUCAGACUACCUCUCGCUGCCCUGGUCAACGCCAAAGCUUACAAUAGCAAAGACAUCUGCGGCGGAACUAGUAUAGCUAAUAACCGCUUCUUUUUCAAUAUUUCAAGUACGACAAUCACGAAUCAUACGGUCUUACAUGGCCAAGUGGUAAUCAAUAAAAAGGAUGGGAACCGUGCGGUAGCGCAUUUAUGCGGUACGGCUACAGCAGGUUUAGCGACGACGCAACAAAAACAUGAUUCUAGACGAUCUUGUAGUGUUCUCGUUUACCCUGCGGGUAAGACACGUUGUGCGCGUUCGGAUGACUACUCCGACAACACUACAGUAUUCGUGACAAGGUCGACGUACUUCUUCCAAGUGUUCCCAAAUCAGAAUCAGGACAAGUCAAAGUUGCUGCUUUACUUUCAGGGAGGAGGUGGCUGCAUUGGCAACCCUUUCAAUGACUGGAACAUUGUGUUUCUGCCAUACUGCACUGGGGAUAUCUUUGUUGGCGAUACGUACUUGGAGCCUUUCGAAAGUAACUUUAGUCAGUUACUUGGAAACAAACAGUGUCUAGGCCAAAAACGGGGCAUUUAUCUAAAUGGUUAUAACAACGCGAAGGCUGUGCUGGAUUGGGCUCUCGAAAAUUUUCCUGACCCGAAGCAUUUAGUUAUAGGUGGAUACAGUGCGGGAUCGCUGGGUGCGCAACUUUGGUCGGCAAAGGCUGCUGCUAUGUGGCAGGUCAAGGAGAAGUCGAUCAAGUUUCAAGUAUUGGCGGACAGCUACGUUGGUGUGUUUCCGGAACACCCGUCAGCGACAAGCUCAAUUAUUAACUUCUUCGGCGGGUGCAAUGUAGACCUCCACUUUCAUAAGUCGAUGGUCGCGAAGUGCCAGGCAAAGACAGCAACUUUUACUGAGUUGGUUAACGCACUGAUAAAGGAAGUCUUUAAGAGCGAGUGGUUGUUCAUCAACAGCAUUGCGGAUCGCACGCAACGCUUAUAUUAUGAGCUAGUGCGUUUGGGUAUCGCAGGUUACCCAUUUACAACGCUAGUAGAUGCUGGCGAAUUCUACGGCAACAUGACGAAUAUUUUAGACUCGCAUUCGCAACAGACAAAUGUGGCGCGGUUCACUAGCAAGAAGCGUACACAGCACGUGACCGAUCGUGUAGAUCAGGUCACUGCAGGUUCGCAUGCUUCCUGGUGUGAGCUGCUGCACUGGACACAUGAAACAGAACUUUUUGUGCAUUUGCUGAUGCCACGUGGCAGAGGGAGUAUGCAACUGGGUUAA